GCGCCGCUGAGCGGGGGUGGCGGCAGCGGCGGACGCGCGGUGCCGCUCCGUCUCGUCCUCCGGCGGAGGUCGAUUCGGGGGUCCCUUCCCGAGCCGCCGUCCCUCAGGGCGUUAAGCUCCUCGCCUCCGGGGCCGUCCUCAGCCCGCCGCAGCGGCGGCCUCGUCCGUCCCGCCAUGGCCGUGUGCCGCCGCCUGGCCCGGCUGGCCGCCAACCUGCAGGACCCGCGCGGGGUGGCCGCCUUCCAGCGGCUGUGCGGGGUGGAGGGGCCCGCGGGCUGGGCCGGGAGCCGGGGGCCGGUGGCGAACGGCGGGUCUCCGCCGGGAGGGCGGCGGCAUCCCGCGGGGAACGGGGCCGUGCCCGGAGGGGCCGCUGCCGCCCCGCAGCGCUGGCGGAGGCCGCGCCGCAACUCCCUGACGGAGGAGGAUGGCUGCCAGGAGUUCAACGCCCGCAGCCGCUUCCUCUACUACCUCUUCAGCUUGGGCACCGAGCUGGGCAACGAGCUCUUCUACAUCCUCUUCUUCCCCUUCUGCAUCUGGAACUUGGACGCCUGGCUGGGCCGCAGGCUGAUCAUCAUCUGGGUGUGGGUGAUGUACGUGGGGCAGUGCACCAAGGAUGUCAUCCGCUGGCCGCGGCCCGCCUCCCCGCCCGUGGUGAAGCUGGAGGUCUUCUACAACUCCGAGUACAGCAUGCCCUCCACCCACGCCAUGUCGGGCACCGCCAUCCCGCUGGCUCUGCUGCUGCUCAGCUACGGCCGCUGGCAGUAUCCCCUUAUGUUUGGACUGAUCCUUGCGUUCUGCUGGUGUUCUUUGGUUUGCUGCAGUAGAAUUUAUAUGGGAAUGCAUUCCAUUUUGGAUGUUAUUGCUGGAUUUCUGUAUGCAAUUCUCAUCCUAAUUGUCUUCCAUCCAGUUGUGGACCUGAUUGAUGACUUCAACUUAACUUACAAGUAUGCGCCCCUAAUUAUCAUCAGUCUGCAUUUAGCCCUGGGCAUCUUCUCUUUUACUCUAGACACGUGGAGCACAUCACGAGGAGACACAGCUCAGAUACUGGGCUGUGGUGCUGGAGUAGCCUGUGGUUCUCAUGUUAACUACAUGAUGGGUGUGAAACUAGAUCCCCCUCUUGAUACACUGCCUUUAUCUCUUUCCUCUCUCACCGUGACUGUGUUUGGAAAAGCCAUAUUACGGUUGUUGAUUGGCGUAAUAAUUCUCUUACUAACAAAAAUAGCAAUGAAGAAAGCCACUAUUCCACUGGCAUGUAAAAUAUUUCGCAUACCACACGAUGAUGUACGGAAAGCAAGACAGCGCAUGGAAGUUGAGCUGCCCUAUCGCUAUAUCACGUAUGGAAUGGUUGGGUUCUCCCUCAUGUCUAUUGUUCCUUGCGUCUUCCAUUUUAUUGGUCUUUCCUGAUGUAAAUUUAUCACUUACAGUAGGAAAACAGAGCUAGUUGCUUUUGGAAGAGGUGCACUAGUUUGCUAAGGGAAGGCCGGCGAGCUUGGCUUUUAGCAGGGUCUUCACUUUCACAGCAGUACAUAGCAGACAAAGCAUUUAGAAGACAUUGCACAUCUCUGGUGUGUGUGGGGCCAGAAGGUGGGUACCUUGAGAAGUGCUGAAGUCUAUAAAUGCUAUGUCUAGACUUACUGCUGUCACAAAGUCUGUUUGUAUGUGAUGCAAUGAAUGUAUCUGGAAUGUCUGUCAUACUGUAUCUGUGUAUGUUGAUGCUUUAACAGGUAUGUCUGACAGCUAAUCAGAAAGCUGCAUUCAUGAUUUUUUUUUGCCAUUUCAUAGUAACUUAUUCAAUUGUUGGGCCAUACAAUGCUAAGUUGGUUUUCCUCACUUAUCUCCCAAAUUUGGGUGUGAAAUGUUUUGGCUAAUAGGCAUUUUCAAUGGACCAAACUUGUCAUUUGAUUGAGUUUUUCUAAAAGAAAGCCACUCCAAAUAGAAGCUUUUUUUUUUUUUAGUGUCCCCUGCAGGGUAGGUUAUUUGGAUUGGCACUGGUGAUAGAUAACACUAGAGCAUGUAUGAUUCAGGUACUGUAUCUUACAGUUUAAUAGCUGUGCCUUUCUGUUGCUAAAUUAAGAAAUGCCACGUAUACUGUGAUGUAAAAAGACUAAUUGUGUUUAAAAUGGUUUAUAAUUAGGCAGAUAUUUUUAAAUGGUGACUGUCCAUGUUGCUGACGUGCUUCAAGUGAACUGGAACAUUCAGGGUUUAGCCUGUUGAAAUUGCAUACGUAAAAUGAGAAUUGUUCUUGACCUCAAGAGAUUGUAAAUGGGCAAUAACCUAUUUGUAGGUAUUUUUAACAUGUAUUGUAAGCUCCUUGAAGAGGAUAUAUUUUUCUGGAGAUGGUUUUUACAAAGGAGAGAUGUUCAAAAUUAUAUGGAAAUAAAAACAAUAAAAAUACUGCAUUCUAUUAAGAAAGGGACCUCACAUAGUAUUCCAAACUGAUUGAGAAGUACUGUGCUUUUUAAUUAUAAGCUUAGAAAAUAUCCUUGUUCUUGAAAAAAGUAAAUAUUUUAAUUCAUUAACACACUGUGUUAAAAGGUAAUAAUCACUUUUACCCAACUCAGCUAUAAGAUAAUGAUCAAUGUAAAUUCAUCAAGCAUUCUGGCAGGUAGGUAUGAACAUGCAAAAGACAGUGUGGUCAUUUCAUGAACGGUUUGUGUAUAUCUGGAUUUUACUGUUGUGCACUUUUGAGCUUUUCAUGAUUCAUUUUGCAGUGAUGAGCAGGAUGCUUUGCUUCUUUUUUGAGUUUCGUUUUGUCUGGUACUGUGUUACCCAAUUUGUUGUUUCCAUGUUAGGAACUGGACAGCAAGAGCUGUCUUACUGUUUGAUCAGACGUGAGUUUACUUUGUUUUGGAUUGUUGUUUCUUUCAGGAAAACCAUAAUUUGGUAAGGGAGUCAUCUAGCUAGAAUACAAAGCUUACAUUUUCUUAAGAAUAUUUGCAAUCAGGAGGUUCUUUUUACUGGAGGUACGAGCUCAGAACUGUUAAUAGGUAAAUGAAGAACUUUGUGUCUUUUUCCUCAGAGCAGUCCAAGAUUCCACAUGCUGGCAAUAGGUGACAUGAAAUUGGACUUCUCUGUGUGUUCAGAAUGCACAGCUAUGAAUGUAUUCAAAAGAACUGAUGGUGUGUUGAAUUUCUUUUACAGCUGUAAAGAUCUUACCUUGUGAAAGAUGGUUAGCUUAAUUCAGUGCAUAUUUCUAAUUUGUUUUUUUUUUUCCUUUAUUGCAGUUGUAUGCUGAAUGUGUACGAAAGAUAGAUUUGUUCCCAAGAUUUUGAGGGUUUUGAUUUCCUCUGGCUUGGCUUUGAGCACUAAAGCAAUCACUGAAUAAAUAGCUGGGAGGAAUGUACACAAAAUGCCUUAUGUUUAAAAGCCCUCACAAGUGUUUGUAGUUCCAAUUACUUUAAAGGAGUCUGAAGUCUGAUGACAAUAAUGGGAUGACUUUUCCUAAAAUUUAGGACAUAUUUUCAUUAAAUGUCUUAACUUUGCAUUUUAUAGUAAAACAUAUUUAAACUGUAGCAUAGAAAGAAUGUGUGCACAAAACCUGAUUUUUUUUUAAGGUACGUAUUUGACUUCUAGGAACUUGAAGUUUACAAAAUAGGAAUGUUCUUACAAUGUCUUCUGUAGCUGUGCUUGCUCUGUUGUACUAUUAAUGGAACCUGUUGUGGAGGAUCUAGAAUGAGUGAUGGGGAAAAUGCAGGUAGGACUUUCACUGGGCUAAGGAAAAUUGCACUGUAGCUUAUUUUACUGUUACUCAAAAAAUAUAUUUUAUAUUUUUAUACAUACUUCAGUGUCACGUUCCAUGUAUCACGUUGUUUGGUCUGUAGGAAACGUGUACUGGAAUGUUGCUUUGUACAGCACCUUUACUACUACCCUGUUGCUAAGACUGCAGCUGCUUUUGUGAAGUUUACAUGAAUGAACUUUUACUCCUCUGUUUCCAUGUUUAGCACAAAACAUCAUGUAGUGUGAAUUAGUAUUAGAAAGCAGAAGAGAGGAAAAAAGCCAACUGAAAUAUUUUCAUUUUCAUUUAUUUUUGGUUAAUAAUGAAUUAAGAUUCCUCCAAUUAGUCAUAAUAAAGCAGGUAAAACUAGAGCACUUUUCCCUAAACUAUUACUCGAGUUGGAUGUGGAAAAAAAUGGUUCUAAUGUAAGCAGCAGCUGGUACCAAAUUAUUUAUAAAUGCAUUUAACAAAGCUUUUAAAAGGUAGUGAAGUGUCUUUUCCAAAGGGCAAUAUACUUCAUACAUCUCAUGGAGUGAAGCAAAAACAUUACUCACAUGUCAAUUCUUGUUCAUUUUAACUCUGAUUUAUGAAGUCUUUAGGAAAGAAAACUGCAUUAUUGAAGCAGAUAUGAAUACACAUUUUUUACAAAAAGAUAAAGCUAAAUUGGGAUUAUUUGGUUGCCAUGUGAAAUGCAAAGCUGAAGCUAACAGUAGUGUAGAGUGUAACUUGGAACUUAAUUCUUUUUUUUCAUGAGACAGAAGAGACAGCAAACUGUCCCAGUCUGCUUUAUGCUUAAGAAAUUUGUUUUCCUGACCUGACCCUCAAGUGGGGCUGACUCACAGUGCAACGCAUGUGCAAGUUCUAGAACCUUUCCUUAUGAAAAAAGUUUCUUGUUUACAGUAAAGCUCUUACUUUUGCUUCCCGUUCUGUGAACCACAGUUGAAGCAUCUUUCUUCUAUGGCAUCACCCACGGAGCUCUUCAGCAUCUGGUUACAUUGCCUUAUUUAUUACUUAUCUUGCAAAUUUAAAUAAAAACGAAAGAUCAAAGUUAAUUGGCAAACCAAAGGGAGUUGUAUCUUCCUUGCUAAGAAACUUCUUUCUCAAGCUUAGGUACAGCCUUUCUUCUGGAGGAAAAAUUAAAAACAAAGCAACCAACCUGAUAUCAGAAAGAUGUCAUUCUUUAUGAACAUUGUCUUUGAAUGUGGUGUGUAAUUUUGUUUGCUUCUUACCAGAACAGUGUUAAAAGCUGACAUGUUUUCCUCUGUUAUUAGGUUUUAUUAUUGCUCUCGUUGGUGUUUUUUUAACAUUUCUUGUUUAUUUCCCAAGGAGUGUCCUGAACUUCUUGUAAUCCUCCUUAUGUGAGGAUUGUUUUGAACUUGUAAAUACUUAAGGGCUGUUAGUGGCUGUUUUAGCUGCUCAAAUACAUAAAACAGGCCUUGCAUGCUGUAUGUAAAUACAUCUGUUGUGUUAAAAGUUGUCUCUAUUUCAGUAUUUGCUUUCUCAAUACAAAAGGGAGAUUCACAUGCAAUAUAAGAUGUUUUAACAAUUCAAGUGUAUGAGGGGCCAUUGCUGUUGAGCUCCUAUUAAUGUUGUUGGGAUUUCUGCACCAAGUUCCAUACAUAUUUCAUUGAGAAUGAACCCUGAAUGCAUCCAAUAAUUAGCGUGUGUUAGGUGACUUACCUGCUAAGGUGUACAUGUCAUAUCCUUGCUUUUGAGAUUUGGGACAUUGUUCUUAAGGUCUCUUAGCCCAGUUUUUACAUGACCUUUAAAGAGCUUAACUUGGAAGUUGUUUCACAGCAACUGGAACUGGUUGUAUAUCAGCAGCAGUUAAUUGACACUUUUUCCUCUGUACCACAGUAGUGCUGAGUAACAAGAUCCAGAAUGCUGUCAGUAGCUGAGAACUGAUUCUUGGUUACUGAGAUUCAACUUUCCAUAAUAACCUUUGUUUUAAGGUGUAUGACCCAGAAGCACUCUACUGCAAUAUUCUACAAAUGACUUCAAGGAGCUUUGGACUUGUUUGUGCCAGGAAGUUUCACUGAAUGAUCUAAUGCCACGUCUUUGACAGAGUCACAGAGUUUAGGGGUUGGAAGGGAACUCUGAAGAUGUAGCCCAACUCCUGCUAAUGCAAGUUCCUGACAGUUGGCUGCAUAGGAGAGCAUCCAGGCAGGUCUGAAGUAUGUCCAGAGAAGGAGAUGCCAGCAUCUCUGUGGGCAGCCUGGUCCAGUGCUCUGUUACCUUGGAAGUAAAGAAAAUUUUCCUCUCUACUGUGGUAGAAAGCUUGAGUGUGUUUUUGUUCCAGAUGAUAUGUAAGCAUAUUUAAAAUAUACUGUAAAUAAUUUAUGAGUCAGAUUGAUAGAUAACUGGGUCACUAAUGUUGUUCCUCCUAUGUUACUUUGUGAAGCAAGGGCAAACAAAACUUAAUUUGGAACCAAAAUGAGCUAUCACAUGACAGAGUAUUACUGUUUAAGUGUUCUCUAAAAUGCUCAUAUCAGAUGCUGAGUUUUUAAGCAGUUAAUUAUGCAUUAGAAAAUGGUUUUUGCACUUAGUUCUACACCUGAAAUAAUUUGCAUAUUGGUAAGAGUCCAUUUAACUAAAUGAAGCGAAGUAGUGCUUGCAGGAUAUAAUUAAGAUCAAAGAGUGCAAAGGGUACAAAGGAGAAUGCUACCUUAAAAAUAUUAAUCGUAAGUGUAAAUAAGAAGCCCUCACAAUUUAGACUAAACUACGUGACUAAACCAGUCACUGAGAUGGCUUGCUUUUUUUUUUUUGAGAACUUUAUUUUAUUAGAAAGUCUAGUGGAAGUUGAGGCUGAUAUGCCUGAAAGGAAAAUAAAAUUUUACAACAGGGGUGUUUAUAAUACCAGCACUGAAAAAGAUAGUUUGAUAGCUUGAAAUGUAAGAGCAGAGGCUGAAGGGGAUUUUAUAGUAAUGCACUUAAAAUUGGGCCAAAAUUUGGCCUAUUCUUGAUUUAUAUGAAAUCUGUAGUACUAUACAUAUAAAUAUAUAUUAAAAAUAUUGGGCAUAUUGAAGUUUAGAUUUUAAAAUUCUAUGCAUAUAUUUUUCUUGUUACUGUAUUCCCCAAUAAAAGCAAGUAUCCAUAAAAUAUAACACAGGUUUCUCCAUAUUUGGCAAGGGUAUAUGUUGAUAGUACUUUGGGAAAUGAUGUGGCUGUACCCCCAGUCUCUCCACCUUUUGGAGAGCUUUUAUUUUAAACAGAACAAAAAGUGCUUUCAAGUGCAAGCCCUGAUUUAGGUUGAGGAUCAUGUAGUGGUUGCUGUAUAAUAGCAUACAACUGCUGUUUAGAAGAUAAUGUCAGAACCUUUGGUUAUUGUUAAUGAUAUUUUUGUACUUGUACACUUUCUGCAGUCAUCAACUAAUAUUUAAAUUCAUGGUAACUGAAGUGUCUAACUUCAUCUGCCAAAAGUGUGUAAUAAACUACUGUUGGAUUCA